AUGGCCAUCGCACGGCCUAUUCGGCUCCUAGGGGCAGUUGCAAUCCUAGCGGUUCUGCUGGUCUUCUACAGGAUAUCGCAUUCAACGCCGUCAUUGGUGCCGUCGAGCUCAGGUGGAGAUACACAUAAGUUAACAGAUGGGAUGAAAAGAGAUCCCUUGUUAGACCCAACGGGAGAACCUGAGGGUAUACUCUGGCGAGCCGAAGACAACGAUUACGCCCCUGAUAGUACGGAAUCCGCUCGCAUUAAUGCGACUCUUCUUUCAUUGGUUCGUAAUGAAGAGCUCGGCGAACUGGUCAAGACGAUGCGUGACUUGGAGCGCACAUGGAACCACAAGUUCAACUACCCUUGGACAUUCCUGAACGACCAACCAUUCACAGAGGAGUUUAAGCGCAAGACGCAAGAGGCUACAAAAGCUAAAUGCUAUUAUGAACAAAUCCCCGCAGAGCAUUGGGAAGCCCCCGAGUGGAUCGAUGAUGAGUUGGUUAAGGAAUCGAACAAAAUCCUGGAAGAACAAGGCAUUCAAUACAGCGGCAAGUCCUCGUAUCACAAGAUGUGCCGAUGGAACAGCGGUAUGUUCUACAAACACCCGGCUUUGGCCAACACGCGGUACUAUUGGCGAGUCGAACCGAAGGUGCAGUUCUUCUGCAAUGUCGAUUACGACGUUUUCCGAUACAUGCAAGAUCACAACAAAACAUACGGAUUUACAAUCAAUCUCUUCGAUGCGCCGGAAAGUCUGCCCUCGCUAUGGCCGGAGACUGAGCGCUUCAUUGCCGAACACCCCGAGUACGUUGCCGAAAACAACAUGAUGGAAUGGCUUGUAGACGAUAAGUUGCGCCCUGAGCAUAACAAAAAAGCCAAUGGAUACUCGACCUGCCACUUCUGGUCGAACUUUGAGAUUGGUGAUAUGGACUUCUUCCGCAGCGAAAGAUAUGAGGCUUAUUUCAACUACCUCGACCGUGCUGGUGGUUUCUUUUAUGAACGAUGGGGUGAUGCCCCUGUCCAUUCUGUCGCUCUGGGUCUCUUUGAAGAUGCUAGCAAGGUCCACUGGUUCCGAGACAUCGGUUAUCGUCAUAUUCCUUACUUCAACUGUCCCAACUCACCGAAAUGUUCAGGCUGUACCCCUGGUAAAUUCUACGAGGGAGCCUCCUGGUUGUCUAAGGAAGAUUGCCGUCCCAAUUACUUCAAGUAUGUUGGGACCCAUUAA